GACAUCAGGCACGACUUGAGCAUUGUUCUGGAGUGAAGAUGGUUUUUCAGAGGAGAAGAAGAAGAGAGGAGGUGCUGAGGAGUAGGAAGGAGACAAGAGAAGAAGAGAAGGAGAAGGUGCAGCAGUCCGGCAUGUUGUUCUCUCCAACCACAGACGGCUCAGACCAGUCUCGCUUCUCCCACAUUGGUUGGAGUACUGAGAGCAUGAACAGCUCAGCAGCAGACAACACCCUCCUGCCACACAUGACCCACAAUGCCUCGGUGAAGAGUCCCGCUACCCACAAUGCCUUGGUGAGUCCAGGCAGGCGCCCUCAUCGCUCCUUUUCCCCCCGCCUCUCCUCGUCCUCCCCUCUGGUCUACAGCAUCGUAGUGGAGGACAAACAGCCUCGGUACAGCCUGCGCAGCCGGCAACCAGUGAAACAGUGAUUCAUUCAUCUGUCACCAAAGGAAUCUUUGUUUUUAGUCAAUUUUAAUCAAUAAAAGACUUGGAUUUGAAACUAAGUUAAAUAUGUUUCUGAUGCAACUUGCACAGCAAUGGUAUGAUGAAACAUCUGAAGCUUCUUUCUCUUUGUGUUGACCAAAGGUUCAAAAUUGACACCUGGUGCUUUAAAACUGAUCUACAACACCUCAGUGAAUUUCAUAGUUUUAGGCCUUGCAUUAAAACACAGCAGAGCCUGGUGUGUUGCAGAGAUACAGCAGAACAGCCAGGUACAGGUAGAAACACCGGUCUGCCACUGAGUAAGAUUGUUUGAUUUGCGUCACUCUGUGUGCUCACUGGGCGGUGCACCCAGGCGAUGAUCAGUCCUGGUCCUGUAGUGGGUUCCUCUCUGCAGGAACGUCGGGUUGUGCUACAGCUCCUGUUAAUGAGCAGCUGCCAGUGAAGAGACAAAAAGUGGAAAAUAAAUUCUAUCAACCCUGUUUGAUGAGAAGCAAAUCAUUAGUCACAAAUUUACAAAAAGCACCAGGACUCAGCUGAUGUGAGUUUGGAUGACGGUCUAAAACUAACUGACUCAAAAGUUUAAUCUGUGUUAAUCCAGAGACGUCCUCAGAUUUCUGCCUUGUCACUGUAAUGGAGUCAGAUAGCGAAGCUGCCUGCGGAUGCUGGAGUCCCCUGCUGGCUCGUGUCACUGUGCUGAGAUUCACUCAGAACUUCAGUUCAGUUUGUGCUGGUUUCAGUAUAAAAGCAACAAAACCUCAGACAUGCAGCAGAACCAGGGCAGCUCAGACCCGGUCUGUCUGUGGAAAAAAAAAAAGAAAAAAAAGGCCCUGCUGGAAUUUUUUGGCAGUUUUCUCUUUGCCUCAAAUUUCAGUCUCAAAACAAAAAAGGAGAAAAAAUGAGAAACAGACCAGAGAGGAGGAGGGGAGCUGGUCUGGGAUCAGAUGUCUGGACCCAGGAGGAGGAGUUAUGGUGUCAGUCUGUGGCUCGGAUCACAUUUUCACACAAAGGCCCGAAGCUGCAGAGGGAGACGACCAACUGAGCCAGGUCUGUUUUCUGGAAUGAAAGAGGAAGGCUGCUGAGGUGAAGCAGGAGGAUCAGAGUCUGCACAGUACAGGCAGUCCUGAGGAGAGGAGGUCCACUCUGCACCCGGGUUCAUUUGUGAGGAGUCCCUUUUCUUUGUGUCCACACUGACUCAGGGCUGAUCCCUGAGCGGCAGCAGGCUUCUUUGGUUUCUGUUGUUGAACCGCUUGUUCUGGAGGAUUCUUUCAGACCAGACGUGGACAUAGAGAUGGAGAAGGUGAGAUCUGUGCAGUCUGGAUUUCUUCAAGAGUGACAGACAAGAGGAAAAGAUGGGGGAGAGAGAGGGAGGAUGGAGGGGAGGAGCUGUCCUGACCUCCACAUGGCUCCAACCGGAGACAGAGCCACCCGAGUCCAGCCUGUCACCGUGAAGCUGAAACAGACUUGACUCUCACAUGGAAACACAAAUAGGAACUGAAACACAGACAGAAAACAGACACUGACUCACCUCUCCAACUCGCUCUGCUCCUUCAGCUGCACCGCAGUGGCCUCAAACCUGUGCUCAGGUGUGCCCUGACAGACCGGUGCAAGUGUUGGCAUGCAGCUGAACCGACCUCGUGGUGCCCUGCUCGGGUUCAGCCUCACCCCUCCUCCUCCUUCCUCUUUCUCCAAUCAGUUCAGCACCAUGAGGUUCUCCUACCACCUGAGAUCCAGCAGCUCCACCUGCAGGACAGGCCCCUCCUCCUCCUCCAGUCCCAGCUUGCUGACUAAGAGUCUUGCUCUGGAGCCAUCCUGUUCACCAUGCGGGCACCAUGGGGCUGUGGACAUUGAUGCUUCACAGCAAAUGAGCUCUGGCCCCGGGUCUAAGUCGUCAUCCUCAGGCCCCGCCUCCCUGGAGGGAGAGGCGGGGCUAGCUGAACACCGCGAGUCUAAUAAUGGGCUGCUGCUGGCCAAUGACACAGGGCCACCAGAGCUGCCAGCUACCACAAUAACACAACUGCACAAGAACAGACCGCCACUGCCUGGGCCUAAGCCUCAGGUCCCUCCGAAGCCCCCCCACCUCCAGCAGCAGGCAGGGGUAUCGAGGCCACGCCCCCGGGCUCCAGACAAGCCUCUCCCCCCUCCACCACCCUGCAGACCCAUCCCAGCAGACCCCAAAGGGGGCCGGACUCUGCCCACCCGUAUUGAUGGCACCGCCUCCCCCACCUGCGUCCUAUCACUUAUUGAAAAGUUUGAGCGCGAGCAGAUCAUUGUGGUUCCUGACAUCAGUGGGGGUGCUCUGUGUCCCCGCCUCCCUGACCCCCCCUCCUCCCAACCUUCAUCUCUACCAUCAUUAUCAUCGCCUGGUCCUCCCCUGCCUGAUGAGGAGCCACCGUCUGAAAUCAUGGGUCAUGAUGACAUCACACUGGAGGGUGAGGAGGAGAUAGGGCAGACUGACCCACCCAAUGAUGAUGAUGAAGAUGAUGAAGAGCUGGCAGCAGCUUGUCACAAUGACCUCCAUCAGAAGCGUUUGUCCAUGGAGUCAGGUUAUAGCCCCUCAGAGAAACACCUAGAGAACGAUGUGGUUUCCAUGGAGAUGAAGGAGCAACAACAUCAGAAGCCGCCGCUGCUCAACAAAUCAGAGCUCCCCUCCGAGCGUCUGUCCCUCCCCUCAUCACAGACGGAUGGGAAGCUGGCCAAUCGGGACAGCGGGAUCGACAGCAUCAGUUCUCCGUCACACAGCGAGGAGUUGUGCUUUGUUGGCAUUGAUGAUGGGGGCGUGGCUUAUCCCUGCAGCCCUGCCCUUCUGCCUCGCCUCUCUAGUUCAUCAUCAUAUGCUGGGGAGGGAGUGGAGGGGGAGGAGGAGGAGGUGAGGGAAGGAAUGAGGAGGAGGAGGGAGUUCACUGAGGAGGGGGACAGUGACAUGGAGGAAGAGGAGGAGACAGAGCUGACACUGGUGCUGCCCCCCACAAAAACAGAUAGACAGGACUCUGCUGAGCUGUCUGUCCAACAGAGGGUCUUCAACAUAGCCAACGAGCUGCUGCACACAGAGAUUGCCUAUGUCUCAAAGCUGCACCUGCUGGACCAGGUGUUCUGUGCCAGACUCCUGGAGGAGGCUCGUUCUCGCUCCUCUUUCCCCUGUGAUGUGGUUCAGGGAAUCUUCUCCAACAUCUGUUCCAUCUACUGCUUCCAUCAGCAGUUCCUGCUGCCGGCGCUGCAGAAGCGGAUGGAGGAGUGGGACUCAAACCCACGGAUUGGGGACAUCCUGCAGAAACUGGCUCCCUUCCUGAAAAUGUAUGGAGAGUACGUGAAGAACUUUGACCGAGCCAUGGAGCUGGUGAACACCUGGAUGGAGAGAUCCACUCAGUUCAAGACCAUCAUCCAGGAGAUCCAGAGAGAGGAGCGCUGUGGUAACCUGACUCUGCAGCAUCACAUGUUGGAGCCGGUUCAGAGGAUCCCUCGCUACGAGCUGCUGCUCAAAGAUUAUCUUCACCGCUUGCCGGAGGAUGCUUUGGACUGCAGGGACGCCCAGAAGUCUCUGGAGCUGAUCGCCACAGCAGCUGAGCACUCCAACGCUGCCAUCAGGAAGAUGGAGCGAAUGAGGAAGUUGUUGAAGGUGUAUGAGUUGUUGGGAGGAGAAGAAGACAUCGUGAACCCAACUAAUGAGCUCAUUAAAGAGGGACACAUCCUCAAACUGUCCAACAAGAACGGGACCACACAGGACAGAUACCUCAUACUGUUUAAUGACAGGUUGCUGUACUGCGUUCCAAAGCUGCGUCUGAUUGGUCAGAAGUACGGUGUCCGGGCUCGUAUUGAUGUGGAUGGCAUGGAGCUGAAGGAGGCCAGCAGUGUUGCUGUUCCCAGGACUUUCCUGGUGUCGGGAAAACAGAGGUCCUUGGAGCUGCAGGCCAGGACGGAGGAGGAGAAGAAAGACUGGAUCCAGGCCAUCCAGGCGACCAUCCAGAGACAUGAGCAGACGGUGGAGAGCUUCAGACAUCUGAACUGUUCCCUACGAGAUGAUGAGUCCACACCACCACACUCCCCGAGCUGUGUGGAGCUGGGGAAGCGAGCUCCCACUCCGAUUAGAGAAAAGGAAGUCACUCUGUGUAUGAAGUGUCAAGAGCCGUUCAACUCCAUCACCAAGAGACGGCACCACUGUAAAGCCUGUGGACACGUGGUUUGUGGGAAAUGUUCUGAGUUUCGUGCUCGUCUGUCUUAUGACAACAACCGGACCAACCGUGUUUGUGUUGACUGCUACACCACGCUAGUGGGAGUGUCGCCCUCACCUGCCAUGCUGACCAGCAGCAGCCAGAGGAGGCGCUCCAUCCUGGAGAAACAGGCCUCGCUGGCAGCAGAGAACAGUGUGAUUUGUAGUUUUCUUCACCACAUGGAGAAAGGAGGGGGGCGGGGCUGGCAGAAGGCUUGGUUCGUCAUUCCUGAGAACGAGCCACUGGUGCUCUACAUCUAUGGAGCGCCACAGGACGUAAAGGCGCAGCGCAGUGUCCCUCUAAUUGGCUUCGAAGUCUCUCUACCUGAGUCAUGUGACCGUCUGGAGCGACGCUACACAUUCAAGAUCUCCCAGAGUCACCUGACCCUGUACUUUAGUGCUGAGGGGGAGGAGCUACAGCGGCGUUGGAUGGAUGUCCUGUUGAGGGCUGGGAGGGGGGAGGAGCCUCAAGAGGUCCAUCGACCAAUUGUGGAGAGUCUGGAGGAGGAGGGGGAGGAACUAGCAGCCGAGAUGGAGAGGGAGCAAACGUGAUUCAUUUGGAUGAGGAACAAUGGUGAUGAUGAAGGUGGGGUCUUUAAAUGAAGAUCUGUCCCUGCUGGGGACCAGUACAAAACCAGUACAUACAGUCAUUUCUAAAAUAUGUUUAACACACACUGAGGCCUCUGUGUAUUUAAAGUUGUGUGUUUUGUUUGCACGAUUCCUCCCUGAUGUCAACACAAGAUGGCGUCUCUAUUCACCUUCUGUUGUGUUUCACCUUCAAGUAAAGUGGGCGGAGCCUCUGCUUGGCAGCUACAAAUGUCUUCAUUGUAAAUUCUCACAGUAAACCUUCAACAGAGAACUCAGAACACAAACCACAGUAUCUCUAAAUACUACAGUACCCAUGAGCCUCAGCUGUUGUUGCUAUGGAGAUGCCUCCUCCAGAACUGUGACAUCACAGUUGUGUCUAAUUGCCAAGAUUUGAUCCAAAUCCCAAAAUGACCUGAUUUAAUAUUAUGAAUAAACUGCAUGGCAACAACAGUUUGAGGCUCUCUGAUUGGAUGUUUUUUUUUAUAAUCUAAUUAAUCAUAAAGCACAUUUAAUCUACUUAUAUAUAGUCACAGUUAUGGGCUCAGUCACCACACUUGUCUACUGAUGGAUCAGCAGAAGUGCUUCACCUGUCCUAAUCCCUCAGUGUCCUAGAGUCGUGUUCACUGAUCCAGUUUUCUGAUGGUCAGAUGUAAUUCACUGAGUAACGCACACAAACUCAGUUAUUGUGAGGUCCGUUUAGCCAAUGUACAUCUGGGCUGUGAAGAAACUUUUGUUUUCAAGGAGGAGAACAGCGUCCAUGUCCUGAGCUGCAGAGUCCCCAUCACAAGGAUCUGUGCCUGACGAACACCAGACUGGAGGCCACUUACAAUAAAUAGGUUUAGCAAAAAGGGAGAACGAAAAAAUUAAAGCUACAGUAUGUAAUUUUAUUUAACUAUGUUUGUUGUAUAAAUCGGCUCCAAAACAUGUCCUAACAUGGACAGGUGCUGUCAGAGCUGGUUCAGACUCAAUGAACAGCACUGGCAGCAGUGCAGAGAUAUGAGCGGUACUUGAAGUCGGUCAGAACUCACCAGUACGCCAUAAUAGCACUUCUACAUUUCAUUAUUUUGCAUACUUUUUCUUGUGUACCAGCACUUCUCACAAGCUGCUGAAACUCUUUUCUGCCCUCCCUAUCAACAUGUUUAAAAUGCACGCCGUCUCACCUGGGCAGCAGACAAGAGCAGAUGAUGGAAGCAGGGGACGAUGACCAAAAGCUGCAGUCAGGACAGAGUUUAGGAGCUUUCUGCCAGCUACACUGUGGGAGCUGGGGGUGGGGGGUUAGCUCCUCCACAGAGACCUGAGCUCCCCCAGUAGCAAACUCAAAUGUUUUAUGGUUUAUUUGCAUGAUUUAAGGUUCCAGUUUACUUUGAAUGGAGGCAACAUUUGUGCCUAUAAAUAUGUGAAGAGCUGGGCAGAGCGUGGCGGAGCGGAGCAGGGAGAGGGAGCGCUGGGCAGAGCAGACUGGGGUGGUUUGGAGGUUCCUGCUAUGCUACCUUAAGUUACAUACUGUAGCUUUAAACUUAGAACAUAAUCUGAGGUUUUGCAGAAUUGGUUCAGUGUUGUUGUCUGGUGAUGGGACUGAUCUGGACCCAACCUGACUCAGGUCCAGGGUCUUGCAAACAACCUCUGUUGUGUUGUUUUGUUCGUCUCUGAAUGAAAACACAGCUAGAACAGAUACAUGAGAACAUGUUGGAGCCCAAACCAUCUCUGUCGGUUCAUCCGGCGGAGGUGUCACCAUCAGCCCAAUGUGAUGCUGCUGCCGCUGCCUCACCUUGGACAUCGCCAAUGAAAGACUGAACAUUCUUCCCUGUUUUUACAAAGUAAAGCAUAGCAGUGCUGUUCCCUGAGCUGAAGCACAUCAGCAGUACGUCAACAUAAACUGUCAGAGUGAAAAAACUCUGUGAGGCUUUUGAAGAAAAAACUGAAGAGCUGACAAGUCCUAUUUAAAUGUCCUUCAUGGAUGUUUCAACUUUUAAUCCUAAGAAAAAUCCCCAGUCUCCUUUUUGCCUUUGGUUUUUCUCAGUUAGAGGUAAACUAUAUUUCCCAGCAGCCUCUGCCCUGAGGUGUGGACUGGUUUUACCUGGCCCCAGUGCUGGUGAAGCAGGGAACUGCAGGUAUUAUAAGAACUGGUCUGACUGGUUCCUCCUGGCUGUCCUGAAGAAGCCUCAUUUGGGCUAAUUUUAUCUCAAUUAUCAAUGUUCACUCAUUAUUAGUUUAUCCGUAAGUUAUUAAACAAUAUAUUGCUUGGUCAAAACGUCCACAUUCAGUUUUGAGAGGUCACACAGUUUCUUUCCUUUUGGUUUUUCCCGUUUAGGGGUCGCCACAGCAAAUGGUCACACUGACGACUCGCAUGUUGACAUUUGGCACGUUUUACACCAGAUGCCCUUCCUGAUGCAACCCUGACUUGAACCUGGGCCGCAGUGGCAAGAGCGUUGUGCCUUAACCACUAGCCUACCAGGGACGGCAGUUUCUUAGACUGAUUUUUCAAAACCAGAAUCAUGAAGCAGAGGGAAGCUGGACAUUCUAUACAGGAAUUAUAAAGAUAGUCAUUAACUAAUUUUCUGUUUGUUUUCUUUAUGAAUUUAAGGUUUAUUCCUCUGCCUUAUGACGCCCCCCACAUCCCAGAGUUUCCUCCCACGUUACUGCAGAUGAUGAUCAUUUCUGCCAGAAAAAAAAAAACACGAGCAAAGGUUAGAAAUGAUACAAACAAAAAAAUACUCAGUCAAGAUAUCCAGGUCAAGAGUCUGACUUUCUUUUGACUGAAAUAAUUAGAGAUCAUGGUAAAUAUGAACUUAGUUAAAAAGGUUCAACUCUCACAAAGGCCAAAUCUUGACUUGUUUAUGAUUUGAUUUUGAGCUCAAAAUUUUUCUUCAAACUCAGACAUGUGCUCAGUGGUGUAUAAUUGUCAUGUAAUACAUCAGAAGGUUCCCCAUAAUGUCCAUCAUUUGGAGUGAAAGACUUUUGACAUUUAGUUUCAGAACUUCAACUUUUCAACACAGGAGUUUGCAUGUUCUCCCCGUGCUUGCGUGGGUUCUCUCCGGGUACUCCGGCUUCCUCCCACAGUCCAAAGAC